AUGUCUAAACGCAAGCGCAGCCAAAACGACAACCCCACCAGCGGCACUGGCGAUGAUGGCCCUCGCAAGACUCGUGUUCUCGACUCCGCAAUAGACGACAGUAACAAAACUCACCCGCAGGCACGUGCCGCAGCUCGACAGGCAAAGUCUGAGCGACGGUCUAAGAAGAAGGACAAGCAACAAAAGGAGAAGCCCGAACGAUCUUCGCAUAUACCUGAUGCGACGGAGGAGCUCAUUCCCGACCAGCAGCCUUCCACCAACGCAGACCACUUCUCGAGUAAUAAUGAUUUCGUCUCUCUGAACGACCAGCCCUCUGCUGCUUCAAAGCCCCCCAAAUCCCCAGCUGUCGCCGCCUCUCAAGUCAGCAAAAAAUCCAAAGUCAAAGCCUCUAAAGUCGAACCCACACAGAGCGAGGAAACGCGCAUGGAAGACACGACUACAGCGCCGUCGAAAGACACAGCCCACCGCUUCAUCCUCUUCAUAGGCAACCUACCCUAUACUACCACCACCCCCUCGAUUGACCACCACUUCCGCGCCCUACAGCCCUUCACCGUACGGCAUCUCACGGACCGCAAGACGCACAAAUCCCGCGGCACCGCCUUCCUAGAGUUCACAUCCUACGACCGCAUGAAAACCUGCCUCAAGCUCUACCACCAUAGUCUCUUCGAUCCAGACGCACACCUACACGCCCCUUCCACCGAUACCAACGGCGACGAAAAGCAGCAAAGCAAAAGCCGUAGCAGAGCCCCCACCGAAAUCGACGAAUCCGCCCUGCCCAAGCAAGACACGCAGCCGCAAUGGCAGAAAUCACGCGCAGACAAGACGCGACGCAUCAACGUGGAGCUAACGGCCGGCGGCGGCGGCAAGGGCCAGGACCGACGCAAUAAGAUCCAGGCUAAGAAUGCGAAGCUGGCUGAAGAGCGCGAACGCCUGCAUAAGCGCGAGGCGGAGGACAGGGACAAGAAGCGGAAGGACGCGCCGGCGCCGGGCGUGGCCAGCGGUGCGAACGCUGAGGGUGCGGAGGAUAGGGGGAAUGUGCAUCCUAGCAGGAUGAGGAGGGUGCCAGGGUGA